AUGAAGUGUGUUGAUGAUAUGAAGACUUUUCAGGAUGCUAUUAUGGCAGAUCAUGUGUAUGAUUUUUUGGUUGGCCUUGACGAUAGUUAUGACAAGGUCCGCAGUGAUAUUCUAUGGAGUGAUAAAGUUUCAAGUAUUGAAAAUGUAUUUUUUAUGGUUUGUCGAGAGGCUCAACACCAGAUUACUAUGCUUGGAUUCGGCACCAAGAUUGGGGAACCUACUGUUGCGUUUGCUUCCAAAAACACUACUUUGAGGGAGCGGAGUCGUUUAAAAAGGGAAAACCUCCACAACAAAGCUCAUGUGGUUGUUGCCCCCACUUCUGUGGCUGACAUCACCACUGAGCAUGGCCCUUUUAUUGCUACUCCUCCUCCGACUUUGACUGUAGUCUCAAGCACUCCAACACCUCAGCCUCCAGGUAACUUUGGUAAGGCUUUCCAUGCAUAUGAUACCCACGAUACAGGUUGGAUUAUUGAUUCAGGAGCUACUAACCAUAUGAUGUAUAAUUAUGCUUUAUUCUCUACUACUCUUCCGCCUUAUCAUGAUCAUGUUCUGACUGCUAAUAAUGUUGCUACUCCUGUCAUGGGGGCUGGUUCUAUACUCUUGACAUCUACUUUACCAUUGGACAAAGUGUUACUAGUUUCAUCUUUGUCUAAUGAUUGCACUCGUAUGAUGUGGUUAUAUGGGAUGAAAAUUAAAAGUGAUGUGGUUGAAAUUUUUCAGCGUUUCUAUCAGAUGAUUCAGACUCAAUUUAUGCUUCAUAUCAAGGGUGUACUUCAUGAGACUACUUGCCCUCAAACACCACAACAGAAUGGGGUUGCUGAAAGUAAAAAUGGGCAGAUCCUUACUGAUGCCGGUGCUCUAUUGCUUGGUGUGUCAAUUCCAAAGCGGUUUUGGAUGGAUUUUGUUACUAAUGUAGUCUAUCUCUUGAAUCGUCUACCUUUACGAGUUUUGGAUUUCCAAACUCCUAUGCAGAAAGGCUACCGAUGCUAUCAUCCUGCAACCCGACGUCUCUAUGUCUCUAUGGAUGUUACCUUUAUUGAGGAUGAAAUGUUCUUCUCUGAUACACCCGAGCAUGUCCUUCAUGGGGAGACUAGUAGUGAAGGACAUAACUGGCUAGAUUUACAAGAGGGAGUAGUAUUGGAUAGUUUGAUGAAAAGGGAAGAACCGACUGAACCUGCUGAACCGGCUGAACCUGAUACACCGGCCGAACCUGCUACACUAGCUGAACCUGCUACACCCUUUGAACCUGCUAUUUUAACUGAUGUCACUGUUGUCACUGAACCGAUUGCCCCCAUGAAGCUUCUCUAA